CGCUGGGGCCGGGCCUCGUGCCGGGCCGGAGGCGGCGGGGGAAGGGAAGCCGAGCUGUUUGUUCGCUGUGUGUAAGGCUGCGCCCUGUUGCACCAUGACUACUACCUCAUCAGAUGGCUCUGGUGACUAUGAAAAGCAGCAGAAGGAAUUGAGCCAGAGUUAUGCUAGCUCUGUCCUUGACUAUUCAGAAGAUACCUGGGAAUCCUUCAGUGAGGAAGAAGUAGCCUGCUGCCAGCGCGAGAGCAAAUCAUCUGAAUUGUUUUGUUCCACAGAAGAUUCAGAGCUUUCUGCUGUGUUGGAUCCAGGGGAAAGCAUGUUGUGGUUGGGAGGCCAAAGUCAUACAGACGAGAAGUCUGAAGUAGUUGAUUCUGCAGCUGCAGAAAGAGAUUUCAUUGGAAAGCUGAUUGAUAUCCUAAAAAAUAAGGAAGCUGGCAUUAAACAAGAAAAAUUCAUCAUCAAAACUCAUGCUGAAACUACUGAGUUAUCAGAGGAAGAACUGGAUGCUCUCCAGUCUUUUUGCAUCAUUAAGAUAAGGAGGGUGCUGCAGGAGCUGAUCUCUAAGCAGGCAAGUGGUGGCAAUUCAAGAAAGCAGCAGCGUGGAUUCACAUCAAAGGCAUCAGAGGCGAGUGACUUGAACUGCAUUGUUCCCCAUCAGCUAAUGAACAGAAUUCGUCUGAAAAACUUCCGGGAGACCAUUAAACAGGUGACAGAAGCUCAAGUGCACAGAUCUUCAGUGUGCCCUGACUGUAAGAAGAAGAAGGCAGAGCUAGCCAAAACUGCUUUUCUCAGACAGAAGAAGAUACUAAUGGAAAGAGCUCUACUCCGGGAAAAAUUGGAAGAACAAAUUUACUCCAGAGAUGUGCUCACGCUUAUAGGAGAAACACUCAGAAGCUUUCCUAAACUUUCAGAGGAUCCCAGGAACUUAUGGCAAAAGCUGAAAGGCAAAGCUGAAGGAAUGACUGCAUUCUGUGAACAUCUGAAAUCAUCAGCUUCAUUGAAAGAAUGAGGACCAGAAAUUUUAAGUGAGAGCAAGUGUAGCAAGGCAUCUACUAAUACACUUGUGCACAAAACUGCAGAUGAAAGCUGGAGUGGGAGUGACAGCAAAUGAAAGCAGAGAUGAGGGAGGAAGGAAUGGGAGAACAGCAGAAGGGAGGAAGGGCUUCAGAAAGUGACGUGUAGCAGUAAGUUGCUACUUAUUUUUCAUUGCAUCAUCUAUAAACUUUUAUAUAAGAACAAGGGACAGAUUUCAUGGGUAUUUUAAGUAUGUAAAUAAGACCGCCGUAGACAUUUGACACUUUUUACACUAUCUAAUUGGACAAGAGGAAUGACUUAGAAGUAAAAGAGGAGAAAUUUAGGUAAGAUGUUAGGGAGAAGUUUAUUCAGAAGGUGUUGAAGCACUGGCACUGCUGCCCAGGGAAGCUGUGGGUGCCCCAUGCCUGGAGGCAUUUAAGGCAGGCUGGAUGGGGACCUGGGCAACUGCGUAGACUGAUAUGGUAUAUCCCCCUGUGGCAGGGGAUACGAACUAGAUGAUUUUCAAGGUUCUCUCCAACUUAAGCCACUGUAUGAUUCUUUGAUUUUCAAAAUGCUUAUACAUAGUAGUACGAAACUGUCUAUCUUUGGAUGCUUAAAAUACAUUUGGAAAUCUUGAGGUUUCAAGUCUGAUCAGAUUUUAGCUGAGAGCCAGCUAGAGUUCAUAAUUCCCAGUAGGUUCUGUGCACUUAGGGUAUGGGCUUAAAUAAUAAAGAUUGGGUUGCUACAGCACAGCAGCAUACUUCAGGUGUGUUUAUAACACAUCGCUGGAUUUGUAAGAGUUAAGCACCAUAGAUUUAUUGGAGUGAUCCUAAAAUGAAACAACCUUUUUUUUCUGUUUGUUUGUCUUCCUUGUAAAUCUAAAAACAAAAUCCAAAAUUGAUCUAUAUUAGAUUUCUACACUGAAUCAUUCCUCAGAAUCUUAAUUUGCGUGAUACCCUUACUAUUACGUGCAGUGAGAUAACAGGCAACUCAAAUGCAAAUUUAAACAAGUCAGUCUGUUUUUUAAUUAAGGGUAUAAACUUCUGCCCCUAUCUUUUACAAUGCUUUACCCAGUUUUUAUCCUAGUGAGCAAGAAAACUCUGCUUUUAACAGUUGUUCAGCCUGCUCUGUCUUCAUUGUACUUUGGAAUACAGUGUAAGUUUUCUUGACUAUCUUAUGGUUUUGUUUUGAAGUUUCCUCCUUACUGAUGCAAGAAGAGGAAAAGAUUAUAAGUUUUGGAAGCACUUGCAUUACAUCAUUCCAGCAUUGAUCAGAUCUGUAUAUCAGCAGAAGGUUUAAUCUUGUUCCUGUAAAAGGAAUUAUGUCUAUUGGGAUUCUGAUUCUUCUUAAAGCUGCAAAAGGCUUUGGUAACUUUGAGGGAUAGACUGUGUAUGACAAAAACAACUUUAGUGCAGAUCCUGAUACCAUCUUACCUCUGCACUGAGAGAUGCUGAGCAAAACAGCCUCUGCUGAUUUGGAUGGAAGCUGCAGGCUGUAAGCUCUGCUUAAGAUGUUUGCUUUUGAGUUAUUCCAGAACAACUGAUGUGGGCAGGUGUCUAUGCUUAAUGUGGACUGUAAAUGUAACAUAUUAUUUUCUAGGGCAUGCAGUUUAUAAGAACCCA